UGAGAAUUUUAGCAAUUAAAUGACUUUGGAUGUUAAAAAAUUAGUCAAGUAGACAUUCAUUGCUGUUUGAAUUGAAUUUCGAGCUGAAAAUUUAUUUCUUUAUUUAUUUACAUUUAGGGGCUAAAAAUUGAGGAGAUAAUCAAAGUGUUCAGAGUGCAAGCCGUUUUGAGGAACUGGACUUGUUAAACUAUAGAUCUGUUUUGAACUUUUCAGUGACGGAAUGGUGCUGGAAAUUGGGAAUUUUGCGUUCUUCAAGAACUUUUGAUCGAGCUGUGGAGGGUGGGUCUCUGAUUGAGCAACAUGAGCAAUACCCUAGGACACGGUUUAAUCCACCGAACUCUAUGCCAGCCUACUUUUCUCGAGCAUCAAAGUAAGAUCCAUUCAGGGAUACCUUGCAAUUCUUCAUUUCAAGUCCCAGCAGCAUCCAUGUCAAACCAAUCAGCAUGUCAAAUGCGGAUCUCACUAGUUUCUACCAAAUUUCACGGGAACACUCUGAAUAAAGCAAAAGCAAAAGUAUCUCGGGGAAGGCACUCUGGAGUUUCUAUCGUUCCUCGUGCUGUAUUGGCUGCAGAUCCUGCUUCUGAGGUUGUAGGAAAAUUCAAUCUUGAUGGAGAUUCUGAACUACAGAUUGGAGUCAGUACCCCAACUUCGGGUUCUUUGUCACAGGUGGAUAUUCAAGUUACGAAUAGCAAUAACUCUCUAAUUCUUCACUGGGGUGCAAUUCGUGAUAAAAACAAGAAUUGGGCACGUCCUUCCCGUCGUCCGGAUGGAACAAAAGUAUACAAGAACAAGGCUCUUAGAACACCUUUCAGAAAAUCUGGUCCAAACUCCUCCUUGACAAUAGAAAUUGAUGAUCCUGAAAUACAAGCUAUAGAGUUUCUUAUUCUUGAUGAGUCACGGAAUAAAUGGUUCAAAAAUAAUGGUGAGAACUUCCUUGUUCAGUUAACAAAGGACAAGGUGAUUCCAAAUGUUUUGGUUCCUCCAGAUGUUUCGGUUCCUGAAGACCUUGUGCAGAUUCAGGCAUAUCUUAGGUGGGAAAGAAAGGGUAAACAGGCAUAUACACCAGAGCAAGAGAAGGAGGAGUAUGAAGCAGCUCGCUCUGAGUUAUUUCAGGAAGUAGCAAGGGGAACUUCCAUAGAGCAACUUCGAGCAAAAGUAAUGAGAAAAGAUGAUAAUUCAAAGAAGCCUAUUGUUCCUGAAAGCAACAAGAUACCUGAUGAUCUUGUACAAGUACAAUCAUAUAUACGAUGGGAGAAAGCAGGAAAACCCAACUAUUCCCCAGAUCAACAACUUAUGGAGUUUGAGGAAGCUAGAAAAGAGCUGCAACUUGAAUUAAAUCAGGGCACCUCCCUUGAUGAGAUACGGAAGAAAAUUGUCAAAGGAAGCAUCCAAACUAAAGUUUCUAAGCAACUAGAGAAGAAAAAAUAUUUUACAGCAGAAAGAAUUCAGCGCAAGAAAAGGGACAUCAUGCAGUUUCUUAAUAAAUAUGCCACUGAAGCAGUAGUGAAAGAAAAAACUCCUCCCACACCACAAGUGCCAACAGUGCUAGAACUUUGGUCGCAGGCUAAAGAAGGGCAGGAUGGUGGUCGCAUUAUGAAUAAGAAAAUCUUUAAGCUCGGCGAUAAAGAACUUCUGGUGCUUGUAACCCGUACUUCUGGCAAGACAAAAGUUUAUGUCGCUACAGAUCUGCAAGAACCGCUUGUCCUUCAUUGGGCAUUGUCGCAGAAAACAGGAGAGUGGAAGGCACCACCUCCUAGCAUACUGCCCCCUGGUUCAGUUUUGCUGGAUAAGGCUAGUGAAACACAAUUUGUAGAGGAGUCUUAUGGAGAUACUUCUUACCAGGUGAAAUUUGUAGAGAUAGAGCUUGAUGAAGGUGAUUUUAAGGGGAUGCCUUUUGUUCUUCUUUCUAGUGGAAACUGGAUAAAGAAUAAUGGCUCUGACUUCUAUGUCGAAUUUAGCAGUCGAAUAGAGAAGGCUAAAAAGGAUGCCGGUGAUGGAAAAGGUACGGCAAAGGCAUUGCUGGAUAAAAUAGCGCAAAUGGAGAGUGAAGCUCAGAAGUCCUUUAUGCAUAGAUUUAACAUUGCAGCAGACUUGAUGGAGUGGGCUAAAGAUGCUGGGGAGUUGGGUCUUGCAGGGAUGCUAGUGUGGAUGAGGUUUAUGGCUACAAGGCAGCUAAUUUGGAAUAAGAACUACAAUGUGAAGCCACGUGAAAUCAGUAAAGCCCAGGAUAGACUUACAGAUUUGCUCCAGGACGUAUAUAAGACCUGCCCCCAGUACAGGGAGAUGGUGCGGAUGAUCAUGUCUACUGUAGGUCGUGGAGGUGAAGGGGAUGUGGGGCAGCGCAUUCGGGAUGAAAUCUUGGUGAUCCAGAGAAAUAAUGAUUGCAAGGGUGGAAUGAUGGAAGAAUGGCAUCAAAAGCUACAUAACAACACCAGUCCAGAUGAUGUUGUAAUCUGUCAGGCACUUAUUGAUUAUAUUAAAAGUGACUUCAACAUCGAUGUUUACUGGAACACCUUGAAUUCUAAUGGCAUAACAAAAGAACGCCUUUUAAGUUAUGACCGUGCAAUUCAUAAUGAACCACAUUUCCGGCGUGACCAGAAGGAGGGUCUUUUGCGUGAUCUGGGACAUUACAUGAGAACUUUAAAGGCAGUUCACUCCGGUGCAGAUCUCGAGUCUGCUAUAGCAAAUUGCAUGGGUUACAGAGCCGAGGGACAAGGCUUCAUGGUUGGGGUUCAGAUAAAUCCAAUCUCAGGCAUACCUUCUGGAUAUCCGGAAUUGCUGCAAUUUGUUCUAGAUCAUGUUGAAGAUAAGAGGGUAGAAUAUUUGCUUGAGGGAUUGCUGGAGGCUCGUGCAGAACUUCGACCCUUGCUUCUUAAAUCUCAUGAUCGCUUAAGAGAUCUAUUAUUUUUGGAUAUUGCUCUUGAUUCUACAGUUAGGACGGCCCUCGAGAGGGGAUAUGAGGAGCUGAAUAAUGCUGAACCAGAGAAAAUUAUGUAUUUCAUCAGUCUUGUUCUUGAAAAUCUUGCACUUUCUUCAGACAAUAACGAGGAUCUCAUUUACUGCUUAAAGGGAUGGAAUAAUGCUCUAGACUUGUCCAGAAAAAGAGAUGAUCAGUGGGCAUUAUAUGCGAAGGCAGUUCUUGAUCGGACCCGGCUUGCUCUUGCAAGCAAGGGAGAGUACUACCAUCAAGUUCUGCAACCAUCAGCAGAAUACCUUGGAUCACUUCUUGGAGUUGACCAAUGGGCUGUAAACCUAUUUACUGAAGAAGUCAUUCGUGCUGGAUCGGCUGCUUCAUUGUCAUCACUUCUUAAUAGACUUGACCCUGUUCUUCGGAAGACGGCUCAUCUAGGCAGUUGGCAGGUUAUAAGCCCGGUAGAAGCUGUUGGAUAUGUGGUUGUUGUAGAUGAGUUGCUUGCUGUUCAGAAUGAAUCUUAUGAAAGGCCAACAGUUUUAGUGGCAAAAAGUGUCACGGGAGAGGAGGAAAUUCCAGAUGGCACAGUUGCAGUGCUGACACCUGACAUGCCGGAUGUUCUAUCUCAUGUCUCUGUCCGAGCAAGAAAUAGCAAGGUUUGCUUUGCAACAUGCUUUGAUCCCAACAUUCUGGCUGACCUCCAAUCAAAACAAGGGAAGUUGUUAAGCCUGAAAGCUACCUCUGCAGAAAUACUUUACAGUGAGAUUGAGGAAAGUGAACUCUCUGAUGCAAGCUCAACAAAUUUGAAAGAAGAUGGAUCUUCACCAUCCCUAACUUUGGUCAGAAAGCAGUUUGCUGGUAGAUAUGCUAUACCAGCUCAUGAAUUCACCAGUGAAAUGGUUGGAGCUAAGUCACGUAACAUUUCAUAUCUAAAAGGAAAAGUGCCUUCCUGGGUAGGAAUUCCAACAUCAGUUGCCCUGCCCUUUGGAGUUUUCGAGAAGGUUUUGUCAAAUGAUUCAAACCAGGAAGUAGCGGACAAGUUAGACGCCCUGAAGAAAAGGCUAGGAGAGGGAGAUUUUGCUGUACUUGGUGAGAUCCGUCAAACAGUUUUGCGGCUUUCAGCACCACCUCAAUUGGUGCAAGAGCUUAAGGACACGAUGAAAAGCUCAGGAAUGCCUUGGCCUGGGGAUGAAGGCGAGCAGCGUUGGGAGCAGGCAUGGAUGGCAAUAAAAAAAGUCUGGGGGUCAAAGUGGAAUGAGAGAGCAUAUUUCAGCACCCGGAAAGUGAAAUUGGAUCACGAUUAUCUCUGCAUGGCUGUCCUAGUUCAAGAAAUCAUAAAUGCUGACUAUGCAUUCGUCAUCCAUACAACUAACCCAUCUUCCGGAGACUCAUCAGAGAUAUAUGCUGAGGUGGUGAAGGGACUGGGAGAAACUCUUGUUGGAGCUUAUCCAGGCCGUGCUUUGAGCUUCGUCUCUAAGAAGGACAAUCUUGAUUCUCCAAAGGUGUUGGGUUACCCAAGCAAACCUAUUGGUCUCUUCAUAAGACGAUCAAUCAUCUUCCGAUCUGAUUCCAAUGGUGAAGAUCUAGAAGGUUAUGCAGGUGCAGGCCUCUAUGACAGUGUACCGAUGGAUGAGGAAAAAAAGGUUGUGCUUGACUACUUGUCUGACCAAUUGAUCAUCGACGGCAACUUCCGCAAGUCAAUCCUCUCGAGCAUCGCGCGUGCUGGGAGCGCAAUCGAGGAGCUGUAUGGAUCUCCACAAGACAUUGAAGGUGUGGUGAAGGAUGAGAAAAUUUUCGUUGUCCAGACGAGACCACAGAUGUGAUUUUCAUUCUUAGUUCUACUCUUACUACAAAAGAUACAUAUAAAUUAGAGAAGAAAUAACAGAUUCAUGAUACAUGGACAUGUACACGUACAUCUCAGGUUGAUGCAAACUACAUCUCUGUGAUUUUUCGAAUAAAUAAAAUAGAAACAAUUAUAGCAAUUAUAAUA